AUUUCCCUCCAGACAACAACCAUCUUCUGGAGCAAAACAAAAAUUGCAAAGAUGUUGCGAUGGUAUCAAAUGAAGCUGGCCUCGCGCCCAUUGCUAACCCAGAGCAUCACAACGGCAGUGCUGUUCGCGACGGGAGAUACCAUGGCACAGCAAUUGGUUGAGAAGAAGGGGCUCCGAAAUCACGAUCUCGCACGUUCGGGACGGAUGGCUUUGUAUGGUGGAGCUAUUUUCGGUCCAGCUGCAACAACUUGGUUUAAGUUCUUGCAGAACAAAGUCAUCCUCAAAAACAAGAAUACUGAAAUCCUUGCCAGAGUUGCUUGUGAUCAAGGAAUAUUUGCUGGCACCAACUUGUUCGUCUUCCUGAGCAGUAUGGCCAUCAUGGAGGGUACAAGCCCGAAGGAAAAGCUGGAGAAGAGCUACUGGACCGCCCUGACAAAGAAUUGGAUGGUUUGGCCAUUCGUCCAGGCCAUCAACUUCAAGUUGGUUCCCUUGCAUCACCGAGUCCUGGUCGUCAAUGUUGUCUCAUUGGGCUGGAACUGCUAUCUCAGCUACUUGAAUAGCCAGUAAGGGAAUAAUUGUAUUUGGCUGGUGGUUUCGGACUACAGCUGGCUUAGCGAAUUUUCUAGAGUCUGCAUCUUCACGGAUCACUGCAUAGGGCUCAGCGUUGGCGUUCGGGGCGUAUAAAGCAAUAAGAGAAGACAGAAAUAGAUUCGAGAACUUUUUCAUUUGUGGAAUAGAAACAUUCCUGAUUUCUCUUAUUCAUGGGUGCAAGGUGAAAACUAAUCCAUACAUAUUAAAUAGAAAGUGCUCGGCUC